GAGCGCAUACUAAGGACGCCUUGCCUAAAUAAAAGUUUAUUGAAGUUUGAAGUUGCUUAGAUUCUUGAUCUGAUAAGAAUUUGAUAUUAAACUUCAUUAGGCCUAUAUAUAUGUAAAAAGUGACAGUCCAAGAGACUUCGUCAAAAAUUAAACUGAAUCAUUAAAAUGGCAAACAACAACUCAGAUUCAAUGUCAAAACAAGCACAGCACAUUUGGGCAAUGUUAGAUGACAUGGCUGAUAAUGACCCAUCUGCUUACAAAAAGUUCAUUGAACGGCAGUUGAAAGGGGGCAAGGAAUACAUGGCACCCCCUGACCCUCACAUGUGUGUUCAAGUAAUGAUUCUUACUAAGCCAUCACAGCCUUUGUUCAUAAAUUUCUGCGCAUGGAAUCGAGUACCUGAACCUAAAUCACCAGAAGACCCAGUCCCUGUAUCAGGCACUCUCAUAACUUAUGAAGGUUCGUAUGCACUGACUUCAGUUGCGUUCAACCCAAAAGUUUUACAAGAAUUUGGCCGCUGCGCUAAAAACCCUGUAGAUGGUGAUACACUGAUACAGCUUGCUCUCGACUACAUUGAAAAAGAACAAAAAGUCAGUGUGUCACGCACAUACACAGUACUGCCUGUCGACACAUUGUACAAAGGAGAUUUAAACCUUAUUCGAUUAAGUUUCACAAAACUUACCAAGAACAAAGAUCAAGCAGUCAGUGAUAUUUCAGAACUAGAGGACAUGUUUGGUCCUUUGACGAGCAAUGAACGAGAAAAUCUGCUUCAUAAGUUAUCCAACAUAAGUAACAAUAAAAACUCAAGUACACCUUUUGGUGUUUCAAGUAAAGAAGAGCAACCAGAGCUCAUUGUACCAGGGAGUAACCAGUUAAAAAAGAAAAAUGGCCUCAUAGAGGAAAUAAAAGAAAUUAAACUGCCAACACCUAAAUAUUCACUGGAACCAGUCGACUCCUCUGCUGGAAGAAACUUGGUGCUGAAAGUGGACUUGCCUGGAGUAAAGUCUGUAGCGGAGUGUGAACUUGACAUAUCUGAGGAUGAUGUGAAGCUGCUUGUCUCAGGGAUGUAUGAACUGAAAGUCAAACUGCCUAGCACCAUAGAAGAGGAUGAUGCCAAUGCCAAAUUUAGCAAAAAGAACUCAGUGUUAACACUUAGCAUGCCUGUAAGGACCUGACUGCUGAAAGGAUAACUUUGGAUUGGCUUUGGUUACAUCACUGAUUGAAC